UUAAAUUAGCCGGGUGAGAGAGGGGGCAGGUUUCAGUCUUACAGAGACUUGACUUGCUGUAGAGAAUGUAAGAGACUACACACUUAGCUCUGAACUACCCUUUAGAUAAAUUUUAAGUUUACUGGUAAACUAAAUAUUCCUAAACUAAGAGUAUCAUACUGAAAUCUGAGAAUGAGAUGGAUCAACUAUAGGGACUUUCUAAAUAUUUUUUUAAAAUUGUAAUUUUGGUUGAAGAAGCAGCCUUCACACACCUGGAGCAGAAGAAGUGGACCGUCCAUUUCCCAAACCACCUAUACACAGACAUAGCAUCAAAGUAAGAGAGUCUAUUGUUGAGGUAGUUCAAUCAUCUCACCUGUAACUCUCCAGCUCUGUCCUGCUACAGGGCACAGGUGAAACAGACAGACAUGUCCACCGGCUCAGUAAGCGACGGAGAGGACAUUGAGACACGUCACAAACGGACAGACGCUCCGUUCGAAAGCAGUAAAACCAAGCGGAACGUUGCACAGAACCACUACGCCUCCACCGAGUACUCAGAUGACGAGUUCGGUAAUGAUGGAGGUUACGAAGUCGAGACCAAGCGAACACGCAUCACUGCUGCCGGAGGAAAACAAGUAGUGGAAGGACGGCAGAUACAAAGGAACGCUGCAAACGCCAGAGAGAGGGCGAGGAUGAGGGUGCUGAGCAAAGCCUUUUCCAGACUGAAAACCAGCCUGCCGUGGGUACCGGCCGACACCAAACUGUCCAAACUGGACACGCUGCGACUAGCAUCUAGCUAUAUAUCACACCUCCGACAGCUACUGCAAGACAACCACUACGAGAGCAGCUUUGUACACCCUGUCAACCUGACUUGGCCAUUUGUGGUAGGUAGAUCAGAGGACAACAAGGACAUUUCUGCAGCCAGACAGUGUGGAGCUACAUCAUAGGACAAGAGAGACCUCUCUCUGCUGGGACUGUCUUCUUCUACCAUACCAUGGUUGCUUCCCUUCAUAGUGCACUAAAUUACUGCACUAUAUAAGGAAUAGGGUGGAUGCCAUUUGGGACUAAUUCCAAGUAUUUUUUUUGGUCCUAUGUCUAAUACUAUUAGAAUAUUUCGUUAUUCCAUAUCAGUGAUUUCUUUAUGGACUUUAAUGGAUAAUUUUAUUGUCGUAAACUUGCCAGGUGGAAGUGAGUGUUUCUUUUAUAUCCUCCAAUCAGUGAUGAGAUGAGAAAACAGGACCGAGGAAAAACAAGAAACUUUAACAGCAUUGAUGUUAUAGACUGGCACACUACACUGAGUGUACAAAACAUUAAGAACACCUUCCUAAUAUUGAGUUGACCCCCCUCCCAUUUUGCCCUCAGGACAGACUCAAUUCGUCGGGGGGCUUGGACUCUAUAAGGUGUCGAAAGCUUUCCACAGGGAUGCUGGCUCCAUGUGUUUCCCACAGUUGUGUCAACUUGGCUGGAUGUCUUAUUGGGUGGUGGGAUCAGUCUUGAUACAUGAGCGUGAAAAACCCAGCAUUUCUUGACACACUCAAACCCGGUGCACCUACUACCAUAUCACAUUCAAAGAACUGAAAUAUUUAGUCUUGCCCAUUUGGCACACAUACGAAAUCCAUGUCUCAA